AUAAAGCGCGCGCCCGUAUUUCCUUUCUCUUCACGCGCAAAAGCCCUCCCAAGCAGUGGAUUCUCGUUUCUCUCACUCGAGAAGAACGAAGCGCGGAUAAGCUAUGCCGGCCGUACACAGGCCCUUCCCCUCCAUCGCCGACUGCGACCUCUCCGGCCGCGAUGCCCACACCGUCGCCGCCGACCUCGACGGCACCCUCCUCGUCUCCCGCAGCUCCUUUCCUUACUUCUUCCUCCUCGCGGCAGAAGCUGGAAGCCUCUUCCGCGCCGCUGUCCUCCUUCUCUUAUCCCCGGUCAUUUUCUUCGUCUACAAACUGGCCUCCGAAGCCGCCGGAAUCCAGAUCAUGAUCUACAUCGCCGUCGCGGGAAUCCCGAUCCGAGACAUCGAGCUCGUCGCCCGCGCCGUCCUCCCGCGAUUCUACGCUGCUGAUGUCCGAAAGGAUAGUUAUCGGGCUUUCCGGGCGUGCGGGCGGCGAAGGGUGGUGGUGACGGCGAACCCAACGGUGAUUGUGGAGCCGUUUGUGAGGGAGUAUUUAGGCGGGGAUAUGGUGUUGGGAACGGAGUUGGAAGUGGAUUUGAAAACGGGGAAGGCUACAGGGCUCGUGGCCGGACCGGGGGUUUUAGUUGGGGGAAGGAAGAGGGAUGCGAUUGUGAAAGAAUUUGGGGAUGAUUUGCCGGAGCUGGGGAUUGGGGAUCGGGAAUCCGAUCAUGAUUUUAUGGCGAUCUGCAAGGAGGGUUAUAUGGUUCCACCAAACCGCGCCGCCCCGCGGGUGCCGGAGAGCGAGCUACAGAGCCGCACGAUUUUCCACGACGGCCGUCUCGUCCAGCGGCCCGAACCGCUAACAGCGCUCCUAAUCCUUCUCUGGUUCCCACUCGGCCUCUCCCUCGCCAUUUUCCGCAUAUUCUUCAACCUCCCUAUCCCCGUUCAACUGGUCCGCUACACCUACCGCCUCACCGGCAUCCGCCUCUCCAUCCGCGGCCUUCCUCCUCCGCCAUCGUCCCCCGGCUCCCUCCUCGUCUGCAACCACCGCACCGCCCUCGACCCCAUCCUUAUCAGCAUCGCCCUCGGCCGCUCCGUCUCCUGCGUAACCUACAGCAUCUCUCGCAUCUCCAGCAUGCUUUCCCCGAUUCCCAACGUCCCCCUCACCCGCGACCGCGCCACAGACGCAGCUCGCAUCUCCGAUCUCCUCCGCCACGGUGACGUCGUCGUCUGCCCGGAAGGGACGACUUGCCGCGAGCCAUUUUUGCUUCGAUUCAGCGCGCUUUUUGCGGAGCUCAGCGAUCGGAUCGUCCCCGUUGCCAUCAACACCAAGCAGAGCGUCUUCGUCGGGACCACUGUUAGGGGGUUUAAGUUCGCUGAUCCGUAUUUCUUCUUUAUGAAUCCGAGGCCGGAGUAUGAGGUGACUUUCUUGCCGGCGUUGAAAAAGGAGGAGACCUGCGGCGGCGGGAAGUCGCCGAUUGAGGUUGCCAAUCAUGUGCAGAAGGUGAUUGCGGAUGAGCUUGGGUUUCAGUGCACGGAGUUUACAAGGAAGGAUAAGUAUCUUAAGCUUGGAGGGUACGAUGGGAAGAAACGGUGAAAGAUGCUCACAACGUGUUCGACCAUAUGCCUCAUUACCGAUUUUUUUUUCAUUUUCUGGUAAUAGUCUGCGUCUAUGUUUUAAAUUAUUAUUAUUUUCUUUUCUUUUGUUGUGACAAUUAUUUUCUUUAUUUAUAUUGAGAUCUGAA